CACUACACUUCUCCACCACCGCCGGUUAAGUCACCUCCUCCACCAUACUACUACAGCUCUCCUCCACCACCCAAGAAAUCACCUCCUCCACCAUAUCACUACACUUCUCCACCACCACCAGUUAAGUCACCACCUCCACCAUACUACUAUAGCUCUCCUCCACCACCCAAGAAAUCUCCUCCAUCACCAUAUUACUACACUUCACCACCACCACCAAAGAAAUCAUCUCCUCCUCCAUAUUACUACACUUCCCCACCACCACCUACUCACUAUUAUCCUCCACAUCAUCACUUUGUGGUCAAGGUUGUUGGAAAAGUUUACUGUUUUAGAUGCUAUGAUAAGAAAUACCCACAAAAAUCUCACGCUAAGAAACACCUCAAAGGUGCUGUUGUUGAGGUAACUUGCAAGGCUGGUGACAAGAAAAUAGUGAGUUAUGGUACCACUAAGAACAAUGGCAAAUUCAGAAUCACAGUUGAAGGAUUUGAAUAUCGCAAAUAUGGAGCAAAGACUUGCAAGGCUAAACUCCACAAUGCUCCAAAGGACUCAAAGUGUAGCAUUCCUACAAACCUUCAUUGGGGAAUUAAGGGUGCUGACCUCAAAGUGAAAUCGAAGAAUAGUUAUGAAGUUGUACUCUACGCGAAACCAUUUGCUUAUGGCUCCAAGACACCUUAUGCAGAAUGCCAAAAGCCCAAGCCUACGCCCGCUCCAUACUAUUACAAAUCUCCACCUCCUCCAACCCCGACAUAUGUUUACAAGUCUCCACCCCCGCCUACAUACUAUUACAAAUCACCACCACCACCAACUAAGUCUCCACCAACU